AUGGCCCCAAGGCCGAUCCCCUACCGUGAUCUCCAAGCGUGGGUGAAUGGUGCUAACGAAAACGGCUUUGUCCUCGUCUCCUUUGGAGCUGGAGUGAAAUACCUGUCAGAAGACAUAGCAAAUAAGUUGGCCCAUGCUCUGGCAAGACUGCCUCAGAGAGUGAUUUGGAGGUUUUCAGGAAACAAACCAAGGAAUUUAGGCAACAAUACGAAGCUUAUAGAAUGGUUACCACAAAACGACCUUCUUGGUCACUCUAACAUUAAAGCUUUUCUUAGUCAUGGAGGUUUGAACAGCAUUUUUGAAACCAUGUACCAUGGGGUCCCAGUGGUGGGGAUUCCCCUUUUUGGAGACCAUUACGACACUAUGACUCGUGUACAGGCCAAAGGCAUGGGAAUAUUGCUGAACUGGAAGACCGUCACUGAGAGUGAAUUGUAUGAAGCCCUAGUGAAAGUUAUUAAUGACCCCAGCUACCGGCAGCGGGCCCAGAGGCUGUCUGAGAUUCACAAAGACCAACCUGGUCAUCCUGUUAACCGGACUGUGUACUGGAUUAAUUACAUCCUCCGUCACAACGGAGCCCAACAUCUACGUGCCGCUGUUUACAGCAUCUCUUUAUAUCAGUAUUUCUUACUGGAUAUUGCCUUUGUUGUACUAGUGGGUGCUGCCUUACUUUAUUAUAUUUUGGCCAGGAUAACAAAAUUUGUCCGCAAACAAAGCAAACACCUUUGGUCGAGUGACGAACAUAGCGCUGUUAACGGACAUUACCAGAACGGGAUACCAAAUGGCAAGUAUAGAAGAAACGGCCACAUUAAGCAUGAAAAAAAGGUGAAAUGAGCCAAUGGCCCCAUGUAAAGUAGUAAUGAAUCAGAUCAGUAAUCGAAUUUUAUCGCUGUAACUUAGUCUAACAACUACUUAAAACCUCAAUAAGCAGUUCUAACGCUCCCCUUCAGUAUGUAAUAUUAUGUGACAAAAUUCUACGGAACUAAGAAAAGUCUUUAAAAAAAAAAAAAGGCAAGCACAACCUAAAAUGGAAAAUAUUUUAUUCUUAAUACUGAUGCAGAGAGGUUAUUUUGGCACUGAAGUUUUUAGAAGCCUUAAUUCUCUAAAGUUAUACAAUGACCAUAUUUAUGAAUUUUCAGUUUUUAAAAGCUAAAUGUGUGUGUCCCAAAAGAGGAAAGGUUUCUUUUUAUUUGCAGAGGUUUUUUCUUUUAUUUUUUUAUUAUUUUAAUAUAUCCAUCUUUUAGCUGAGAGAACUUUAGUGCUAGCUCUGUUUCCUUUGUUGAAGGUUCAACAUGUGGUGUAAGAAUGCUGUUUAAAAAAAAAAUAUUUUUUCCCAGUCUUUGUGCAAGAAAUAGCAAGUUGUGGACUGAGAGGACAGACAUUAAAAAAAAAGAUCUUAAAGUGAGCAUUAAAGAUAAAUGGCGAAAAUAUGUACUCCUCUUACUGAUAAGCUGCAUGACUCUUCUGCUCACUGUAAGUACUCUGGAGAAAAGGGCGUUGAGCAAGUCUACAAUAAGUCUUAAUUUCUAAUUUUGACAAAAUUUUAUUUGUUGCCUUUCUCUGCAUAUAUAAUUUAUGCCAUGAAAAUAUUAGGGAGUUCUAUUUCAGUUUAAAAUGUGGCUGUGUGGGAAAUAGUUUUGCAUAAUUGAGAAAAAAAUAAAUGAAACCACCACCAAAAACAAAGAAAAUCUAGCCCUGUGCGUAAUGCAGAAGGUUUUGUAAUGGCCCAGAGCUGUGCAGAAUCAAACCACUAUAUGGGUUUGUUUAAAAAAAAAAAAAAAAAAAACAAAAAAACAAAAAAACAACAAAAUAAACAACAAAUGCCCCCCCUCCCCACCCCAAAGUUGAAUGUCUUUCCUAUUAAUUCUCAUUAUUAUUAAGUUCUUUCUAAAUCGCAAUGUUGUAGAUGUUCUCCUUCAAUGGUUGUAUCUGGAAAAAUAUUACCUUCUCUUAGCCUGGGCCACGCAAUCCAUGUUUUGCAUAGUUGCCAAUACAAGUUCUCCCAUGUGGGAUGGGAAGGCUGCUCACCGGGCGGGCGACCAGCCUUCCUUCCGAGGCCUGACGGGACGUGCCGGGCGAAGCCUGGCCACCCCCAGCGCAAGGUUUGUGGAGGUGGUGGUCUUUCCCCCCCCCUCCCCGCCUCCUUCCCCUGCUACUGGCCCCUCCCUGCAACAAUCUCUUUCAAUCAUUGUCGCCGACACGGGACGCUGGUGGUGGUGCGCACCGAGGGUGGGGAUGCGGGGCGCCGGGCGUGAAAUCAUAACUGUCCUGCGGAACCGGAGUUGGCAACUAUGAGUUUAUUUCCAUGUCAUUCUGUUUACUUGGAAUUUGCACUACACAUGUUGUGAGUGUAUGCUUUAUUUAUUUGUAGUUUGAAAUCCCAUGCCUGAAAGAGAAAGGAAAGGAAUCCAUUUACCUGGUGUUGUUCACUAACAUGGGAAGAGUUUGCGAUGAUUACAGGAUGCUGAGAUCAUCUUCAUACACAGUGAUGCAAUAUUUCACUACCAUUCCAUCAGGAGCCUCUAUCCUAUAGCAAUAAAUAACAGUACAGAUAUGUUUCUAAUACACAGUACAGCUACUUGUACUGCUUUCUGAAUACUUGAAGAAAAUGGUAUUAUAAAUAAGCCUAUUAGCUAUACCUUUUUACAAUCUUGCAGUUUGUGGCAACUAAAGGAGCACACAGAGGCAAUGAAUGGUGGGAUGGUAAUAAGACUUCGAGUGUAUGAAUGACUUGGUUUAAAUGGGGUUUUUUUUGGCAUUGAAGAAGGUACAAAAGCACU